AUGCCUCCCUUCUCCUGCACCAUUCCUUGCCUCCCUUCCCCUGCACCGCCCCAUGCCCCUUUCCAAGCCCCAUCCCUGCCACAACAGCCACAAAGUAAGCCUGACGCGCCUCCCUCCCAGCGGCAGACUCCCGCGGCGCCGCCAGGAAGCACGCUCGUGUGGGACGCCGACAGGAGAGUGACAGAAGACCGAUCUCUUGCGCGACCCGACUCCUUGUCCAGCCUUGCAAAGCUUUCACCAGCCCUCCCCAGCCUUCCUCAGUUCUUCGCAGCCUCUCUCAGCCUCCACCAGCCUUCCCCAGCCUUCUCCAGCCCUUUCCAGCUUUCCCCAGCCACCCCUGAGUCUUUUCAAAUAAUUUUAGCCUUCCCUAAGCCUCCUCCAGCCUUUCCCAGCCUCCAUCAGCUCUCCCCAGUUAUCCUCAGCUCUCCCCAGCAUUGCCCAAUCUUCCUAAAGCCUCCCCCAGCCUUCCCCAGUGUUUUCCAACCAUCCCCAGCCUUUUCCAGAAAUCUCCAACCUUCCCACCAACCUUCCCAUCCUUGCCCAACCUUCACCAACCCUCCCCAGCCUUCUUCAGUCUUCCCCGAUCUCCCCCAGCAUUCCCCAGCCUUGCCUAGCCUUGCCCGACCUUCUCCAGUCUUCCCCAGCCUUCCCAAGCCUUCUCCAAUCUUCUCCAGCCUUCCUUAG